GCUGGAGAGGAAGUCAAGUAUGUCAUAGCAGGGGAGGAGGGUUUUCACGACUGCUAGUUUUACAGAGGAAAACUCAACCCAGGCACCAAAGCACACACACAGCAAGAGAGCGGAAGAACAGAAAGGCAUUCCUCGGGGAGCUGAGCUCUCAGAGCAGUGAAGCUUCGCUUGGCCAGUACCUCAGUGGCUGGAGAUUCAAGAUUAGCUGUUAACUACUUUGAUUUCUUGGACCUCUGAAUUGGAGCAGCACACAAGGUCAACAUGGCCAUGCCAGAAAAGUCAAGUGGUGUCAAACCAUCUGAGGAUUGCAGCAAUUUUCCCGAGAUUAUUGAACUCAAUGUAGGUGGCCAGGUAUACAUAACUCGCUAUCCUACUCUGAUCAGCAUUCCUGGUUCCCGGCUCUGGGAAAUGUUCAGUGUAAAGAACCCUUGCUCCCUGAUCCAGGACAACAAAGGGAGAUUCUUCAUCGAUCGAGAUGGUUUUCUCUUUCGUUAUGUCCUAGACUACAUGAGAGAUCUGCAGGUAGUACUUCCUGACCACUUUCCAGAGUGUGGCCGGCUCCAUAGGGAAGCAGAAUACUUUAAGUUGCCAGAACUGGCGAAGAUGUUGGCCCUUAAAAUGAACAAGCUCAGCUCAGUUGGCAACGACUCAUGUCAAAUUGAUCUGGAAGAGCUUUCCCCCAGCAUCGACACCACUUUUAAUUUCUCUUCAACUAAUACCAUUCAUAUCAGUGGCCCUGAUAAUUCCGUGGUUCUGACAGCUGCCACUGGUUCUGAGCUCAAGAAGGCUGGCUUCAUCACUAUUGGCUAUCGAGGCUCCUAUACUCUGGGCAGGGACAGCCAAACAGAUGCCAAAUUCCGCCGUGUGGCCAGAAUCAUGGUGUGUGGUAAGAUCUCCUUAGCCAAAGAAGUGUUCGGCGACACUCUGAAUGAGAGCAGAGACCCAGACCGCCCUCCUGAGCGAUACACUUCUCGAUACUACCUCAAAUUCACUUUUCUGGAACAAGCCUUCGACAAACUAGCUGAUGCUGGCUUCCACAUGGUAGCAUGCAACUCCACUGGCACCUGCACUGUCACGCACGACCAAACAGAUGACAGGAUCUGGACCUCUUACACUGAAUACGUUUUUUAUCGUGAGUGACACUUAAAAAUCACCCAGGAAACACAAACGCCCAAACAGUCUCCCUCCUCUGUUCCCAUACCAACUGUAUCCUUUAGAAAUAGACACACUAAUCCCUCUAGGCUCCUGAGUGUUCUGUAUAAUCUUGGACAAUGCCACUUCUCUCAUCACAGCCACUUGAACUUUGUCGGUUUUCUUCUUACACAUCGUUCCAGUCUGUCUGUAUACCAACCUUCUCUGGCUGUGGAGUGGAUGCCAUUCAAUGAAAGGUGUGCCUCAGAAUAGAUAGGAGAGGUGUAUUUCUGGAGUGAAUGCAAUUAAAUAUAACCACGGAGCUAAAAGCGUUGAGAAAUAUUAAGCCAUGGCUUCCAAGCUGUUUCUUAGUAACACACAUUGAACUUGAUUAUGUAUCUUGCUACUUGUAUUCCCCUAGGUAAAACUCUGUAUUGCUGAGCGACAGAUUACAGUAGGAAGUGUGCAUGUGCUUUGCAGACAUUUUACCAUGCUGAGUUGAACUUGACAACAGUCCUCUAGGAGGUUUAUAGAAAGGUCGACCAAUUCCAAAAUUACUAAGGACUUUUGAUAGAAGCUAGGCAAACAAUUGUAUGACUAUUAUUUCUAAGAAUAAAAGGCUUAGCACUUAAUUUGCUCUCACGUGAAGAAGAUAGUAAGGAGGCAUAUCAUAGCUAUUACCUCUGUCAUAAACAGUGGUACCAUUA